AUGGACCAUAUGAUACUCUUUGCUGCCAACGCCAGCUCUCCGCAAACAACGAUUCACAGACCCUCCAUGCUUUGUCUCCGGCAAGCUGACAUUAUCCCCACCUCUCACAUACCCCCAUCGGCUCCAACACUCUAUCUCCCUCACCCAAACAACAACGCGCCGAGGCUCGUGCGAGCUUGUCCUCUCUGGCAUACGCGAACUCACCCCUUCCGCGCACGGAGAUGGCGUCCUGCUGCCAAGUGCAUCCCUUCCGCUGAAUCCGCUCACAUUGACCCCCCGCUUCCGAUUCCACCACGGGCCGUUCCACUUACAGUAGUCUUGCGACUGGCCCGCCCGCCGCUGGCUCCUCUUUCCGCCGGCGGUAGCACAAGCAGAGUGCUUCGAUACCAACUUUAA